AUGCCUGAAGAUUCGACGGAAGGAAGUGAAGAAGAAGUAUCAACUCAGCCACCAACUUACAAAUUUGGUGUAAAACUGGGCAAAGAUUUAAUGGUAGAAGGUGUAAAGAAAGAAAUGAGAGCUGAUGGCUUUCUGCAGCUAGGCGAUGUGCUUAUUUCAGUGAAUGAUAUCAAAAUCGAGGAUGAUGAACAUUUUUUUAAGUUAAUAAAUCGACUGUUUCCUCAAGUACGAAUCGAACUUGAACGGAAGGUACAAAUUUCACCACUGAGUGAACAAAGAGCCAGAUUGAUCGGGUUAACUCCCAAAAGGAACUGUGAGUAUUUCAUAGCACAUGUUUAUCGUAUACCCGGCAUCAAGCUCGGUAUGUCUAUUAAGCAGAGUCACAACACAGUGAUCGUUACAAAAUGUGAAUCAGAUGGUUUGACAAGUAAACGCUAUGAGGAAGGUGACCGAAUUGUGGAUGUUGAUGGACAUCGAGUGUACACAAAAGAUGAUGCAAAAGAACGAAUUCUGAACGGUUUACGUUUCUCAUCGCACAUAUCCACGGUUGUUGAACGAAGAAUUUGUGGCGAUAACCAAAAUUCGUCAAUGGCACAAUUUGAAAUGAUUGCUUUUUUCAGUAUGCGUGCACUGUUAACGUCAAGUGCCGGUCGUGAACCAAAAAUGGCUCAAGAUGCGAUAACAAUUGGCCAACAGGAAAUGGCACGGAUCCGUGCACGUGCAGGUCAAGCAUUUCCAAUCAGAAGCAUUCUUCGAAGAGAUAAAUGUAUAAAUUCUUCAGCUAAUGCAUUGCAGUUUAAUCCAAAACCACUGGUAAUGCGAGUGGCAUGUGAUACCAAAGAAGCGGAUCAUUUAAUACACGUACGAAGGAGGGAUUCAAAACGCGGAUUUUUAUCAUUCAUUUUUGGAAAACAUGCAAGAAAAUAA